AUAACAGGACACUGAUGCGCAAAUAUCAGCGCAGAAGAAACCUUUCGAACAGCAGAUUCUGCAUAUGGUUUCACAAUACACCACUUUUGUGAACAAAAAUGCAUCUGUUCCGUUCAAUUAACUGCGAUUGGGUUGUGAUAUACUCAGGUGGAACAGUGACAUCCACAAUUCAGGAGAAAUGCAACCUGAGAAAUAUCACCUGGUUGAAUGUAGAUGAGCCGUGUGCUGAACCCAGUGAGCUGAAUUUCACAAAGAUCUUGUUUAUUGUGAAUAAACGUUUCCUUUCUUUCUUGAGAAAACGACAGAACCACAGAUGGAUGAAAUUUCUUGACGCUGUUGCUGAAAAGGGAGACUCUGGUAACAACCUGAGCAGCACUGCAGAGAACUUGCAAGCUGUUGUCUUUGCUGGCUUAUCUGGGGAAGAUCUGGAAAAUGGAGAUGAGCUCUUUCAGGGGUUAGAGAAGAUUCUCUUGGAGCCUGGACAGGAUCUGUCCACUUUGCUGAUGCAGAUAUUAGUACGUGGCACAGGUCAGAUAUUGAGUAGCAGCCAGGAGCAUAUGCCUCAAGAUCAUAGUAUUCCCCCUGGCUAUGGCUCUGUCUCUGACUAUGUCAUGGGCUGUACAAGCGGGCUGGAUGCCACGCGCUCUAUGAGCUCCUGUGGGUUAGCAAUGGCGCACCCGCAGUCCAUGACAGGGCUAGCUGAUAUACACGCCCCCUCUCACAUGACCCCACCACACCAGGCCAGUUGUCCCAAUAGUAGUGAGAUGGCUUACAUUCCCCUCCCUGUGUCUGAGCUCAGAAUCAGUCUGGAUGACCAGCACCUCCAUCCCCCACAGGGAGGUGCUGUGAGCACUUAUCACUCAGGGAACGGCUCCUACAGAGGGAUGUCUCACCAGCAUGGGCAGCAUGUGUAUGCACAGCCAUUUAAUAUAACCUCAGACAGAUCAUUAGAAGAUAAUAAUUCUUCAGGAGUCUCGUCAUCUCCAUGGCCUAUGACCUCUUAUAAGGCUGGGCUGAGCACAGAGGGUGGAGCAUGUCAUGUGGACCCUAAGCCAUCUUCUAGCUGGACAGGCGACAAGGCCUCUGGUCUCUAUGACGACGACUCAUUGGUGAUUGACUUACCUGUGACUGUCAUGCAGUACCUGACCAGUGAGAUGGACAUCAGCCCGAACUAUGGCAAGGGCUGGACGGAGCUGGCUGCCCUCAAGGGUUACAUCCACUCUAGGGUGAACCGCAUCAAGGGCAACCACAGCAUUGAGUCCCCAUUUCAGUAUCUUCUGGGUCAGCAAGAGUUUAGCGGUUACACCUAUGGUCAGUUGAAGAGAGACCUCAAGAUUUUACCCAGACUGGAUAUCCUCAGACGACUUCAGAAUGGAAACUUUAUGUAAAAGUCAGAAAAGGCAAUACCAUAAGUACAACACCUUUUUGUUUUGUUUUUUAGUUUUGGAGGAUUUGGGUGGGGGAGAUUUUUUGUUUUUUGAAUGAUGGUGAAACCAUAAAAUAUUUGUCAUAUUAAACUUUCUUCCAUAUACAUGUAAGUUCACAGAAAGACAAAGUUGAUGCAUAAAAUUUCAUUAAUCCAUGUUCAGAAAAACUUAUCAGAUGAUAACUGAGUAAAAUUCAUGUGUAAAAGUGUCUAAUUAUAUGCCCCUGCCAAAGGGCAGAGCGCUUUAUGUAAUAACGAUUUGUCCAUCUGUCUGUCCAUCUGUAUUUGUGUCUGGGCUUUAACUCCAACAGUUUUCAACAUAGAGUUUUAAUAUUUGGUGGAUACAUAGAUACACAGAAGCAAAAUCUUGUGUAUUAUAAUCUUUUAUAGGAGCAAGUGACUUAUUAGGUAGAGUGCUUUGAUGUAAGUAGUGCUACUGUGGUUUUGAGGUUGAAAACGAAAACCACAGUAAUGUAAACAUUUGCAUCAUGCAUACAAUAUGGUGUCUCAUUGAAAUGUUACACUGCUGCUAUUUAUUUAUUUCAUUGGUGUUUUACACCAUGAUCAAGAAUAUUUUACUUAUAUGACGGUGGCCAGCAUUACAGCGGGAGGAAACCAGACAGCCCAGGGGAAACGCACGACCAUCCACAGGUUGCUGGAAAGCCUUCUGAAGUAUGAUCGGGGAGGAAGCCACCCUGAGCUCGAAGUGACCACAUUGGUGAGAGGCUCCUGGGUCAGUGUGAUGUAUUAGCACGCAAACCCCUCAACCACGAAGGCCCCUAUGCUAUUGUUAACGAUGGACAUUAGUUGGUAAAUUUUCAUUAUUUUAAGGUAUACCUUAGGGAUCAUGGUUUUGUUCAUCCAAUGCCAAAUAGUUAAUACCGAUGCUAUUGAAGAGCAAACACAAAAAGCAGUAUGAAACCAGUAUCAUUGACAAUUUCACAUGAUUGAAAUUUAGUUUGCUCAAGAACAUUUGUUACUGUUAUACCAUUGGCUUAGUCAUGCAUAAUACUCAUCAUUAUGAGCAUUCCAUUACCAUGACAUGCAUUCUCAUUAUACAGGAGGUCUCACCUUGAUGAUUUUGGCUGAGGCAUAUUUAUGGGGUAAUUUUAGUUCAGUUCAAAUAUAUGUCUUGUUCAAAUAUACGUUUUGACGUGCGAGAACAAAGGAGCUAUCAUGACCAGAGUGUUUGUCUUAUAAUAAGUGUGUAAAUCAGGCUAGAUCGCUUGAUUACACAGCGUGGACAGAAACAACAUGGCCAGUGUUCUCUUGUGACUGAUGACAUCUGCCCAGAGAUUUCAUAGAAUGGCCUAGCUAAGAUUAACCUAGAACUGUGUCAGAUUAGCUGUAGUGCUCAAUACAGUCAAGGGAUCGCUUGCGACGAAGAGAGGAAGAACUGUUAGCAUUGGGAAGUUAAAUGACGUUAUACUAAUUUAAUAGAAUUUUUAAAAAAUGGAAAUAAUCAAAGGACUGAUAUUGUUUACAUCAGAGUUCCUUAGCAGAAAAUUCAUCUUAGUGAUCUAUUUACAUAGUGCGUGUUCAUCUGUGUUGGACAUGAAUUCUGGUGAAAAGGGUCUAACCACUUGUUGGUCAUGGCAUAUUUUGGGUAUAUUUCCAUAAUGAACUGUUUUUUUUACCUGGAAAAGCUGCAGUUUUAACCUAUAAAUUUGUUAAGUUUCAUGAACUUAUUGUAAAGGUAUGAUAAAAGGGGAAAAAAAAAACACUUUGUUUGAUGGCUUACAUGUAUUGAUGGCGUACAUGUAUUACAAGUUACUGUUGUAGCUGUCAGCCCACAAGUUUCCAAGUCAAAGACAAGUUCCAAACUAUUUAACACAAUUUUAAUAUCAUGCAGCAGAAGAAUUUCCAAAAUUUCACAAUUUGUGUGUGCACACUGUAAACCAUGUCAAUAGAAGAAAUCGAGAUAUAUUUUUUCUGAUGUAAAUAAUUGUCACAUUUGUAUCGCGCAAAUUUAUACGAUUUUCAGCCUGACAUAGUUUUAUAUGGUUUAUGGUAUAGUUUAUAGUUGUUGACUGACAUGUUUUACUAGUUCUUGUAAACAUGUUGCACUGUAUAAACAUGGUUACCAGUCAGUGUCAGAGUUGUGAAAAAAUGAAUGUUCCAGUCAUGAAUAGUCAUGAGAAAAGGCCUGUGCAAUACGGGUCUUCAGAUAUUCUCAUUUCUUAUGGUAGAAAUCAUUAAUUACUGUCAGAUUUAGUCAUGCAACUUCAAGAAUUUUUGUUUUGACACAUCUUUGGCGAUAAGGGUACUCUACUAACCUUUUUAUAAAAAAAAAGCAUUAGUGCAUUUUUUUUUUUAAGGAUCAAGGAAUUUUUGAUUUACAUGUAAUGUUGUCUGUGCCACUUUGGUGCUAUACUCUUCCUGUCUUAAACAAUUUGGAAUUUAAUUGUAAUCACUUAUUCAUUUUUUAUGCACAUUUCUUAAUGUGUUUAUUUUUCCUUAAUUUUUGCAAUUACAUAUACUGCAAUGAGUGUGCUUCAUUAUGUAAAUUUAAGGUUGAGUAUUAGAUAUUUCAAAGUCAAGUAAGUGCUGCAUUGUUUUCUUUAUUUUUAAAUUUCCAUUUGUUAAACUUAAUAUGUGCAUUAUUUUAAAUUCUUUCAUUUUGUUACACAUUUCAUUGUUAUCUAUUAUUCCAUAACAAUUUUAGUCGUUUUGUGAUGUUAUGUUUUCAGUUCACAUGUUUGCUUUCUUCUUCUUGGAUGAACAUCAGUACAUGUACAUCCUGCUGAAAUAAAUUACAUGU